AGUUCGCGGUUGAUGCACGGCCAGAGAAAUUCGGACAGCGGGUUUUGGGCGAUUAUACUAGUCAGCCGUGGUUGCGAUUUGGCAUCUGUCGACCCGUGGGGUUUGUGUGUUGUUGGUAUAGGUGCACGUUUGAAGUGAUUUCAAUUAAGUAUGCUGAUGAGCGGAGGAUAAUGUUGGCGGUCAAUGCUGUUGACAAUUAUCCGGCAGUGCGACUACUACCGAGCUGAAUACGAGAAGUCGAGGAUUCUAUUAACCCGACCCUUGGUGGCGGUUAUGACGAUGAUGAUGACGGUCAGAUGGGACGUUGACGACAACGACGGCCCCGGUCGACAGCGCGCGGUCAGCCUGGGAUCAAGGUGUAAUUAAAAGAAAUAAUUAAACGGCGUGUGUCGCGCGUAACUUUUCGGUGCUUUGAGUGAAGGCGUUGAUUUAAUUGCUGCGUCUUGAACGUUACACAAGGAUCCAGCAGGAAGUUAUUGGAGUACGCAGGAAAGCAGGUGAUAUGGCCCCCGUGGUGCGAGUUGUGGCCAUACUGCUGCUCGAGUUUGUGGCCACUUGUGUGCAGAAGGAUUUUUCCGGAAUCGAUCCCAAAUUCAGUGCGCCGAUUUCUAAUGUGACGGUUCCGGUCGGCCGGGAAGGUGUGAUGACGUGCACGGUGCACGAUUUACACAAAUAUAAGGUCGCGUGGCUUCGGGUGGACACCCAGACGAUCCUGACUAUCGAAACGCUGGUAAUUACCAAGAGCGAGCGGGUUUCCGUAACCCACACCGAGCAGCGCAUCUGGCAGUUGCGCAUCAAGGACAUCAAGGAGUCCGACAAGGGUUGGUACAUGUGCCAGAUCAACACCGACCCGAUGAAGAGCCAAACGGGCUACCUGAACGUCGUAGUCCCACCAGACAUUAUUGACGACCAAACCAGCCAGGACAUGACAGUCACCGAGCGCAGCAACAUCACCCUGACCUGCGUUGCGACGGGCGUUCCAGAUCCGUCCAUCGUGUGGAAGCGUUCCGGCAACGAAAGGGCCCUCAGUGCUGUGGAACACUUGGGAACAAACGCCACCCACGACGGGUCUGUUUUGAAUAUCUACAACAUUCAGCGCCACAAUGCCGGUGCGUACCAUUGCAUAGCGUCGAAUGGUGUGUCGCCAAUCGUGAGCAAACGGAUCAUGGUGACGGUCGAUUUCACGCCGAUAGUGAGGGUGCCAAGCGAGCAGUUUACCGCCGAAAUAGGGCAACGCGUUUUGCUGGAAUGCUUCGUCGAGGCCCACCCGGAUCCCAUAACCUAUUGGAUGAAGGGCAACUCGGAAACCAUCCUUCCCGGUAUCAUGGAGGAAAAACAAUUCGCCGACAGCAGCUACAGUGUGAAAAUGCAGAUUCAGAUUCACCUGCUGAAGGACAGUGACUUUGGAAACUACACCUGUGUGGCCAAAAAUACGGUCGGGAUUUCCGAGAGGAGAGUCCGAGUUCAGAGGAAACUAAGUAAAAUCACAAUCAUGGAUGAACCGCCGACGAUAUUUCUGGGCGAAACGUAUCCAAACAGCGUCGAAACGAAAGUCAGUCGACAAAAGACGUUCCGGGAUCGGAUAUUGAGUGCGGAGAAAUCCGCUGCUUUCGCGAUACGAUUGCACCUGGUGACGUUUUCAAUGGUGAUGCUUCUAGUGCUAUUUAGAGUAAUCAAUUCGUGAUUGA